AUGGAUCCUGAGUAUGAAAAACGCUUGUUGCGACAGCAGAAUGGACAGAUGUCUCCAUGUUCGCCUGGUGUGAGUCCGGUGGCAUCUCCCAGUAAAAGGACAUUUGGUGACAGAUUUAUUCCAUCGAGAACGAGCCGAUGCUGGAACUUAAACUUUGAUGUACAGCCGACCCCAAGUACCACUCCCAGGUCCAAGGAAACAACGGCCGAAGCCUCCAAGGAUGGAUUAGCCUACGCUUGCCUUCUCAAGAACGAGCUCUUAUCUGCAGGCAUCGAGGAUUUGAAGGAUUUGCAGACAGAGGACAAGACAGUGCUCAGUCCCAGAGAAACUAAAAAUGUCUUCAAGUUCCAUUCAGCAAGAAGAGUUUCCGACAGCUGUGACACAUCACCUUAUUCACUGUCACCUGUUGGCAGGAAAAGUCAGACACUGCUCAGGUCCCCACGGAAGGCUGUACGGAAAAUAUCAAAAAUUCCUUUCAAAGUUCUGGAUGCUCCUGAACUGCAGGAUGACUUCUACCUCAACCUGGUGGAUUGGUCAUCUCAGAAUGUUUUAAGUGUGGGUCUAGGGACAUCUGUCUAUUUGUGGAGUGCUUGCACAAGCCAGGUGACCCGCCUGUGUGACCUCUCCACGGAUAACGAUACAGUGACAGCUGUUUCCUGGUCAGAAAGGGGCAGCCAAGUGGCCGUGGGAACUAACAAAGGUUACGUACAGAUCUGGGAUGUGGCGGUCAGCAAGAAAGUACACACCUUGACAGGACAUGGGGCAAGAGUGGGUGCCUUAGCCUGGAAUGGGGACAUGCUGUCCUCUGGGAGUCGGGACAGGUUGAUCCUACAGAGAGAUGUUCGAACCCCCUGCAUAACCCCCGAACACAAGCUAGUGGGCCACAAGCAAGAGGUUUGCGGCCUAAAAUGGUCACCUGACCACCAGCACCUCGCCUCAGGUGGCAACGACAACCGCCUCUUUGUUUGGAAUGCUACCAGCACCACCCCGGUGCAGACGCACAUGGAACACCUGGCUGCGGUAAAGGCUAUAGCUUGGUCACCUCACCAGCACGGCCUGCUAGCCAGUGGAGGGGGAACCGCUGACCGCUGUAUACGGUUCUGGAACACACUGACUAGUCAGCCCUUGCAUUGUGUAGAUACAGACUCUCAGGUGUGCAACCUGGCGUGGUCAAAACAUUCUAAUGAACUGGUAAGCACUCAUGGAUAUUCUCAGAACCAGAUUCUGGUGUGGAAAUACCCAUCUCUCGUCCAGAUAGCCAAACUGACAGGUCAUUCUUUCCGGGUCCUGUACUUGGCGGUGUCUCCAGAUGGGGAAGCCAUUGUGACAGGAGCAGGGGAUGAGACGCUGAGAUUUUGGAAUGUCUUUAGCAAAACUAGAUCUACCAAAGAAUCCAAGUCUGUGUUGAAUCUCUUCACCCGAAUCAGAUGA